AUGAGCAAUAAAGUGCGAGAUACUUCACUUCACAAGGAGAACCUGGUUGCCAAGCAGCUGUACCAGGAGGCAUUGAGGCUUGAUCAGCAACUCAACACCAACCUCUCUAAAGACAAUGCCAUCCAAGAAAUUUUCAGACCCCAAAGCCUCACACUCAGGAAUAAGGUUCAACAGCUUUGCAUUAAACUAAUGUUUCUGAAUCCAGUGAAGUAUGGGGAGAAGGCAGAAGAACUCCUAUGGAUGAAUGUAUACUAUAAUGUCAUUCAGUUAAGGUUGAAGGAUGAGACAGAUGAUGUGCACAUCUGGGAUAAUGCCUUUCAAAAGCACUUGAGUGAAGGAGUCAAAUUUUACCAAAAUCUUUUCAACUUCCUUCAAGAACAUUAUGAGCUAAAACUUGCAAACAGUCAGACCCACAGAAAUAACAUGGACUGCAGAAGGGUAAUGCCUGCCUCAGAGAAGGAGGUGGAGUGGGCCCAAAUGGCCUGCUACCACUGUCUGAUGUAUUUGGGAGAUUUGUUUCUCUUUCAGAGUCAUAUUACAUCUGCAAACUUGAAGAAAAUUGCUGUAAACUAUUACUUCCAGGUUUUGUCAAUGGCCCCACAUAUCGGGAUGCCCUACAAUCGGAUAGCAAACCUAGUUGGUGAUAGCUAUUGCAAUGUAGAUGCAGCUUUCUAUUACCUGUGUAGCAUUCACUCAGAAGUACCUGCUAGGGAUGCAGUCUUUCACCUCAGAAGUUUAUAUGCCAAAGCUGUGGAAAUGUACAACCAGGUGAAGUGUCAGGUGGGGAUGGCAUCAUUAGGACAGCAGAAAUGUGACCCCAAUAAAAGACUCCUAGUAAGUUUCUUGUACCUUCAAAACUUUCUGCAGCCUGACAGCUGUAUGGAUCCAAGGCUACCUUUACUGUCUCAAUCCAUACUGGAAGACUUCCGUCUCUGCCUCUCCAGCAAGGUCAAAGGGGAGCAUGAAAAUGGCUUCUUCCUCCCCGACGUGGUCAUCUUUAACAUGGCCAUUUUUUGCAUCAUGAGUGUAUAUAGUCUGAAGAAGGCUGUGGGGGCCUCUCAGAGCAGGGCUGCCAUCACUUUUAUUUCAGUGCUAUUCUCUCAUCUUGUCCAUCAUGUGAAUAUAAGAAUCCAGUUAGAGCUUGAUAAAGUGGGUGGUUCAGAGACCCAGAGGACUAAUGCCCCUGAUUUUGUUUUGGGCUAUACCAAACCUUUGGAUAUUCCUCAGAAUUCUCCCUCCUCUGAACAAUGUUACCAUUAUAUUUCAGGAACUUCAGAGAAUGACAGUGACCAAAGCCAGGAUCAUGAUUCCAAUGGUGGCUGGACCUCUCACAGUUCAUUAGAUAAGAAUGAUGACAGGGUAGAGACAAUAUUCAGUUUUAGUUUAGACAGCAACAAAUGGUCUCUCUCUGGGGAGGAUAAAGAAGUAAAUUGCCCAUUAAAUCUACAUAAGAGGUUGGAGUUGAGAGAGAGUACAAAAUCUCAAUUCCCCAUAACAGAAGGUUUAGGGGCCUUUGGUUCUUCCCCCAUGGGGGUGCUAGAUACUUCUAAAGCAAUCUUGACCAGCCUAUCCACCUUGUUCCAAACCCAACAGGAUACCCUCAAGAAGUCCUGCUCAGAAUUUAAAGUUGUCACUGAUAAGGAGUGUCCAGAGUUUGACGAACUUAAUAAUUCAAUGAAAAGGCCUAGUAGGCAGGCUCACCUAGGACACAAACUCAGGAAAAAACUCUCUAUCUUUGCUGCUCAGGAACUGCUUCGUGCCAUCAAAGUGUUCCUGCACUGGCUUUGUACUGAUCCAGAUCUCACUUUGGAAUGCACAAAUACAUCUCCAAAGCUGUGGAGCCACCUGUCUGUAUUGCUGAACUUACUACCUACCAUACAAGAGUUGCAAGGUGCUCACCUUGGCCUGUCCAGUUACCUCUGGGACCUGGUGUUGAUUAGUGAGAAAUCAAAUCUCUGCAUGUCCUUUCGGCUUCCUGAGGAGUUCUGUAUGUGCAACCUCUUGCCAAUGAAGGUAUCCCACAAAUACAUUUGCUUUACAGAGGUGCCACCUUUUCUUAAGCCCUUGGAAAAAGGCAUUUUGUACACUUGCUUUCUCCGUAGCUUUGGUCACUUUGCUGCCCAGCUGCCCCAUACCCUCCUGAGAUUUUAUCCCACCUGCGGUAUCUUCAAAAGCUUAACUUCAGCUAAGUGCCACCUGAAGAGUCAGGAGGGAGCUUCAUUGAACAACUCUAUGAAGAAUGUGGCUCAGCAACUGCUACAGCCAGAAUUGUCCAUUGUGCAUGCUCGGAGACUGCUGCCUCUUUAUCUGGUUCCUGACAUCCAAGCACUCUGCCAGUACUUACCAAUCAUCCAAGAAUUUAUCAUGGAUGACAGCUUUAUUGUGAUUAUCCACAGCAUUGUUAUUGAUGAACUAAUUUUCCUGAAACACAAAGAACCUGGAGCCUGUGCUACCAUUGAUUUCUUAAAGGACAAGUUGAAGGAAAACAGUUACAGGCACUGGUGUUUGCAAACAAAUGCAGGGAAGAAUGAUGUAAGAUCCAGGAUGCACAGGGAAAACCCUGAUGCAAGGGACCUGUAUCAGAUCCUGCAGCACUGUCAAGGUCUAGUGAAAGGCCCCAGGACUGAAGUUGAUGACCGUAGCCGUAGGAUGAAUAUACUUACAGGCUUCAGUGUUAACAACCCCCACACAUUUUCUCAUCCUCUGCUAUCAGAGUUUCAGACUUCUGCUAGUAUCUCAGUAGAAAUCAAGUACACUCUACAGUUCUAUAGAGAGUGGAAGAUGAUCAGGUAA